CUGGUGUCCAAUGCAGCAGUCUGAGCAGACUUCAGAAGAAGGAAGUUGCUUUGGAAGCGAAGGCACAGAUGCUGCAGCGCCCUGCUUUGUGUUGACACAUUGUGACCAUCACCUCCGAACGUGAGCUGCAAUCUAGAAGAGCGCAAGUCAUCUGAGAAGGAGCAACUUGAAAAAAUCAUCAUUUGCAGCUGCAAACUGUGCCAAUGGCUCACCCGGGAGGAGAAAAGUCAGAGAUGGCAGGGGAAGAAGCUUCCACACAGGGGAGAAUUGAAGAACAGACGGCUGCAUCAACGCAGGGAGGAACUGCAACAAGCGCUGGUCCGCGGACUCAAGUAGAGGAAUCCAGUCAGACUGACCAACCAGCUCCGUCAACACCGUUCGCCAGCACAACUGCCUCUCCAACGUUGAUGAGCGAACUGGAAGCGGCAGGAAUCGUUCCAGACGUCUUGGACACGUUCAACCCGAGCGCACAACUGAAUCUGGUCUUUGGAACAGACAAGGGAACCUUGCAGAUCGAGAACGGCGAGAGGUACGCCUCCGCUGAUCUCAAGUCCUCCCCCAUGCUGAGCAUCCACGAGAACUUCGUCGAGGCGCAGUCCCACCUGUACACUGUGGUGCUCGUCGACCUGGACUCCCCCGACCCGACCAACCCGGGGAACGGCGAAUACCUGCACUGGCUCGUGACCAACAUCCCGGGGCCCCAAGCGACCAGCGACGCAGCUCUGAUGGAUCCGGCAAAGGUUGGCAAAGUGGUCGCCUCCUAUGAGCCCAUCCAGCCCAAAGGCGACCUGCCGCACCGCUACGCUUUCGUGCUCUUCCGUCAGCGUCCGACCGCGGUCCUCGACAUCCCCUCCACCGACGAUCGCAGACAGUUCAAAAUGAGCAGCUUCCUCAUGUCCAGCGCGGUUGCGGCGCCCGUUAUGGCAGGAUACUUCACAUCCUCGCACUAGCUGAGCGACCAGACUUUUGUUCAGAGCUGACGGAGACAUGCCGAUACUGACCUCUUGGCUCUGUUCUUACUUGGCUUGCCGCUGCUUUUUGGAAACAACCAUGUGUAGGUGCCGGGCAGCUCGAGUGUUUUGCCACACAAUGAUGGCUGUAGCAAUGACAUAUAUGUCGCUUCGUAGUCGAAGAUUGUGAAGCAGUCUGUAAAAUAUUAACAUCUGUGCGAGGCCAAAAUAGUUCAAGAAUCAAGUUUUGGCGUCCAAGUUCCAAGUGAGCUUGAGCAUGUACAGUGUGUGCCGAAAGUCAAGACUUCCAGGACUUGUUGCAAAUAUUAUAGGCUCAGCUGCAUUGCAGAAGAACGGUCCCGCCGCAAGAGUCAGACCUUAAGUCAAAUAUACACGCACUUCUUUCAAACGAAUCGUAC